AUGUUGAGCAAGGUAAUCAAGAGAGGAUUAGGAUAUUCAAAUUACUAUAUGGAUUUGGAAAAGCAAUAUGGCUGCAGAAAUUACAGCCCUCUUCCAGUUGUUUUAGAAAGAGGUGAAGGUGUUCACGUUUUUGAUGUUGAAGGUAAAAAAUAUUUUGACUUUUUAUCUGCCUACUCUGCCGUUAACCAAGGUCAUUGCCAUCCCAAGAUCCUUAAGACCUUUAUUGAGCAAGCUUAAAAAGUUACCUUGACCUCUAGAGCUUUCUAUAAUAGCAAUCUUGGAGAGUGUGAAAAAUUCUUAUCUGAUACUUUUGGCUACCAAAAGGUACUAUUGAUGAAUUCUGGAUGCGAAGCUGGUGAAUCUGCUAUCAAAUUCGCACGUAGAUGGGCUUACACUGUUAAGGGCGUCCCAGAUAACUAAGCUAAGGUAAUUUUUGCCAAAGGCAAUUUCUGGGGUAGAUCUAUUGCUGCUUGUGGUUCUUCUGAUGAUCCCUCCCGUUUUUACAAAUUUGGACCUUUUGGUGGAUUAGGUUUUGAUUUGAUUGACUUUAACAGCGUAGAAUAACUUGAAGCUAAGCUCUAAAAUGACCCCAACAUUGCUGCUUUCUUUGUUGAACACAUUUAAGGAGAAAGAGGUGUCAUCCUUCCUGAAAAUGGAUACUUCAAGAAAGUUAAAGAACUUUGUGACAAAUACAAUGUACUUUUGAUUAUUGAUGAAAUUUAAACUGGUCUCGGUAGAACUGGUAAGCUUCUUUCUCAUCAAUGGGAUGAUAUUAGACCAGAUAUGGUUUUACUUGCUAAAGCCCUUACAGGCGGUUUCUAUCCUGUUUCAGCAGUUUUAACUGAUAAUGAAGUUAUGGAGUAAAUUAAUCCAGGUGAGCACGGUUCUACUUAUGGAGGAAAUCCACUUGGUUCCAAAGUUGCUGUAACUGCCACUAAAGUUAUUUUAGAAGAAAAACUUUGUGAAAACUCUUUGGAAAUGGGAGAAAUAUUCCUAAAAGGUCUUAAAGAUAUACAAAAGCCUUUCAUUAAGGAAGCUAGAGGAAGAGGUCUUUUCUGCGCUUUGGAAUUCCAUGAAAGUACUAAGGUUACUGCAACAUAAUUAUGUUUAAAACUCAAAGAAAGAGGUCUCCUUGCAAAGCCUACUCAUAACACUACUAUUAGAUUCUCUCCCCCUCUCGUUAUUAACAAACAACAAAUUGAAGAAGCUCUUGAUAUUAUUAAUAAAGCAGUUAAUGAUCUUUGA